AUCGUGGUGAGCGCGGGAAAGCGCGGCUUGCGAGACAUCACGGACGACGUGACGGCGGCGAUUCGCGACGCGCACCGACCGGGGACGAUUGGCACUUUGCACUGCUUUUGCGAACACACGUCGGCGUCGCUCGUCGUCGGACCGUCGGAUCCCACGUUCGCGACGCGCUUUGAGGACGCGUUGAACGACAUCGUGCCCGAGUCGUGGAACGACGAGUUCUUCAGACACACGGCGGAGGGCCCAGACGACAUGCCCGCGCACGUGAAGAGCACCAUCGUGGGGGCGCACAAGACGGUCCCCGUCGACGCCGACGGCACGUUAUCUCCCCUGAACGGCCAACGAUUGUACUUGUGCGAACACAGAAACGUGGGUGGA